ACAAAUGCUGUAAUUGAAACUAAAAUUCAACACUGGGAAUUUUCUGAUACUUUCUAAAAAGGAUUUGGAUCUAAUUUAUAGCGUUAGAAAUUGAAAUGAAAAUAUCAUACGAACAAUUUUUUAUUUUUUUUAAUGUAAUGUGAAUAUGACAUGAAACAGAGAAGAAUUAGAAAGGAAACACAAAGCAAAAACACUUUGUGCGCUAGAAACUAUGAAAUCACCAAAAGUUUACAUUAACUUCUGCAUAAAAUUUUCAUCUUAUUUUUCUCGUGCAUUGCUGUUACAGUUAUCCAUUUUAAUAAUAAUAAUAAUCAAUCAAUCAAUCAAUCAAUCAACAGAGGAUGAAUUAUUUUUUCCAAAAAAAAUAGUAAUUGAUAAACAGAGAAUGAUCCUGUGACACGAAAAAAGUAAGAAAGAAAGAAAAACUGGGACAGCAAAUAAUAAUCCAAAGGAAUCGCGGCAAAUUCUAUCAUCACCCCUUUCUGAAAUUUACAGAAACACCCUCGGUUAAAUUGAAAAUUCAGUGCCUAGAGAAGCGUGAGCGCCGCUUUUUGUUUUUUCAAAUGUGCUGUGCAGAUGCACUUUUUGUCCCUUUGUGCCAGCCAGUGUUCAGAUUUUAGCCAGAAAAGCAACCCCACUCCUUUCCAUUUUGCUGUUUUCAGUCGUCUCACACCCUCUCUCUCAAGCCUCAGCAACAGAUCGAAGAGGAGAAAGAGAAGUCUUGGACUCGGUGCUCGAGAGAGUUUGAGGCAAUGGAGAAAGCAUUAACAAAAGUGAAUAGCUUGAAAGUAGGAAGCUUAUGGAUCUCAAAGAAAGCAAAAGAAGAGUUCUCCAACAUUACUGAAGACAUCAAUACUAUCUCAAAUACUGUUGAAGAGAAGGCAAGAUGGGUUUUCAACAAGUUGAAAGGAAAACCACUAAAAAGUUUGCCAGAUCUCCUCCGAGAAUACAAUUUGCCACCGGGACUUUUUCCCCAGAACAUAACUUGCUAUGAAUUCGAUGAAUCAAAGGCCAAACUGAUUGUGUACUUGUCUUCUGCAUGUGAGGUCAGCUUCAAGGACUCUUCUGUAAUUAGGUAUGCACCUCGAGUAAAGACAAUACUUACGAGGGGAAAGCUGACAGGUAUUGAGGGAAUGAAGACAAAAGUGCUAGUAUGGGUUAAGGUUACGAGUGUGGCAGUUGAGAGCUACAAGUCUGAUAAGGUUUGGUUUACAGCUGGUGUCAAGAAGUCUAGGCCUAAAAUUGCAUAUGAUGUACCACAGGCUGCUAUCAGGGUUGAGGAAUUUUGAACCAAGGAUGUGGAACACCAUCAUCUUCAUCCAUGGUCAAUGCUCGUAUUUUUAGUCAUUUUUUGGAAUUUAAGCAUAAUUCGUGCUCUGUAAUCAACGGAUGAAAAAUCUCUUGCUAUGGAUGUAAUAUUCGAAAUCCAAUUGCCUCUAUAAUGGAACUUGACUACGCGAUUGCAAUGA